UUUGUAAAAUCGAAAACAAAAAUCAUAUUGUUAAUUUUUGUUAUUAGUAAAUUUUUCUAUAAGUUUCGACUUUUCAGUUUAUUUCUUAUAAUAUUAAUAGAAUUGAAAUGUAAUGUGAAAUACCUUAUAAAUAUAACCAAUUUACAUAUUAUUCGCUUCUCCAAAAUGUCACGAGAUAAAAGCGUGUGGUUUGCAGAAGAAAUUUUAUUAGAUGCAAAACUAAUUAAUUUUCAAUUAGAAACUGGAGAGUGGGAUGCGGUUGAGGAAAUGUUAAGGGCCGAAGCUCAGCUUUCUAGAGAUGCUGAGACCGGUCGAUUGAGACCUAAAAAAGCAUCUGAAUAUACUUUGCGACUGAUCGCUGAAGUUUUGCAUAUAAUGCGCCUAGAUGUGGAGCAAGCUUCUUACAAUCGCAGCACCCUGGCCGUAGCCGAGCAAUGCUUACGUCUAAUACGCUCUUGUGCGGCGGCUGGCACAAAAAUGCAGACAUACGUAUCUAAGGAAUUGUCAAUUUUAGAUUCUAUGCUGGUUCUAGCCACAGAAUAUCAACACCCAAGUCUAGAACUCCUGAAGGAUGAAUUGCAGAAGAAAUAUGAGUCUUGCAUGACAGUCCUAAUACAAACAUUAGGGAAUUUAGUGGUUAAUAAUCCAUUCAAUCAGAUUAUGAUUUGGAACAAAUUUGAUGCUACAAUUUUGAAUUGUUUGGUAGGUCAGAAUGAUAAAAUUGCAUCAGCGGCUGCUAUGAUAGUGUAUAAUAUAUUGCUAGGACAGCCGAAUGUGUUGCCAGAUGAUGUUACAUUAUUAAAUUCUCUAGCGUACAUGUACAAUAAUGGCAAUACGGAAUAUCCACAUUUAAUCAUAGAGUAUUUAAUAGGUGUAGAGAAUACAUAUAUAGAGAAAUUAUAUUCAAAAUUAGAACCGGAGUGCCGUAUGCUUGUUCUAAAUCUAGCUUAUAACAUUUUAAUGUCAAUGGAAUCUCAAGACAUCAAUGUGUCUGUGAAUUUUGUUAGAUUUAUGGCACAUGAAUUUAAAAGUAAAUCAGAUUGUAUUUUAAAGACGGUAGAUAAGUAUGUAAAUACUAUAGAACCACAGGAGGUUGUUUUCUUGCUUGAGAUAAUUGCGACUGCAUCCAGUAUGGACACCUAUAUGGACUGUUUGCAGAGUGACACUUCAUUAUUUAUCAAUUGUGCUUUUCUCCUGCGUGCUAUACACAAGUUGGGUAAAGAGAGUGACAACUUUUUCUCAUCUCUGAACAAGCUGUAUGCUGCUACUGGUAAGCAGUUGAUUAAUGACGAAAAUUUGAAUAGCAACAUGAGUCAUCCCACAGAAAAUCCUCUCAGUAAAAAUGAUUCAGCAGAUAACAUGCUCUCCUGCAAUGAAACUACAUCGGAAUGUACAGAAUCCGAGAGUAGUGAACAAUACUUUGAAUGUAAUGACAAUCCUUCAUAUGCAGAUAGAUUGGAUGCAAUAAGUACAAUAGAAAGUUUGCAACAGCCUCUCAAAUUUAUAGAAUCUUUGUCUGAUGUAAUGAAUGGUAAAAAUGGAAAUACAGAACCUAAUAUGAAUGUUCAAAUUGAUAGUGAUUUAUCAAGAGUUGCUUACAAAAGAAGCAGCUCUCUUCCAAAAGCCGAUGAUCGUAUUCAUCAACUUCCAAUAAGAAGGAUAAGUCUAGAACACAAAAUUGAUAUUGGUGACGAUACAGAGCCUCCAUUGAUAUUAGAUUCAACAUCUCCAAAUGGAAGUAUGAAUACAAUAGCUGAAGUAAUACCGGUGGCGUUACAGCCAAGAUUGGACUUGCAAGCUAUAAGUGGUACUGAAUCACAGGACAGUUCUCCAAAUGAUCCACCUACUGAAAUACAUCUUCCAAAAGAAGAACUUAAGUGUGAAGUGAAAGCUUCGCCUAGCGAAAUCUCGCCACCACUAGCAGAUGUAUUACCAGAUGUAGAAUCACAAAAGCAUUCCCCAGACACACCAAAAGAAAUAAAGAAAAGUCAAAAUUUAUCUACUGAUUUUGAUUUAAGCGAACAACUGCAGAAAAUAUUAGGCAUAUCUUCAGAGAAAACUCGAACUGAUGCUGCGAAUGUUGAGAAGAAAACAGAACCAGUAAAAGAAGUUAAGAUAUCAGAAGAAACACCUGUAAAUAAGGUGCCGUCAGUGAAGAUUGAUUCACCGGAAAGUCAGAAACCUCGAUUAGGCGCAGUGGACAUGACAACAACGAAAAAGGCUGUGACAAUGGUGGAAACUGUUGAAAGGCAUGUUGCCUUUGGUUUUAAAGCAACAUUGGUGCGGACACUUGCCAACUUAUGUUGGAAGAAUCAAGCAAAUAAAAAGCAGAUACGAGAGUUGGAUGUAAUUCCGGUACUGCUUGAGUGUGCUAAUAUUGAUGCUCGAAAUCCAUUGAUUAUGCAAUGGGUUAUUUUCGCUGUUCGUAAUUUAUGCGAGAGCUGUCCAGAAAACCAGGAGGUGAUCUCGAAACUGACUCUGCAAGGACCUGUGGAUAAUGAAGUAUUGCAAGAAAUGGGCCUAACACUACACACAGACUCGCAAAACAAUUCUAUAAGAAUUGUGCCUUUAGCGCGAGUGUAAAUACUGAAUUUAUAGGACAUUGUAUCCGCAACUAGUGACACAUAGAUGCUGCAAUUUCUUUAUACUUAAAUAUGAAGUUGUAGAAUUGUGCUUGAAACUUGAACAAAACUGGAAAUCUGUAAUGCCUUAUAUUAUAGGAUAUGCUCCAUUUAUAGUCUUAUGUAAAACUUGUAUUAUUUUUAUGUUCUAAAUUGGACAUUUCUCUUUAAUAGUCAUUUAAAUAUCCAAUUAGUUAAUAAGUACACUCAUUUAUUUAUUAUACCGUGUAUGAAUAUAAUGAGCUGAACUGAAUCCUUCCAAUGGCACGAAACACUUCGACAACCCUGAACACGGUUGGUUUAAGGCAUUGGAUCAACAUAUUCUGGAGUCUUAUUAAAUUACUAAAGCGGCCAACUAUUAUGUUAUUUAUUAUAAAAUUUUUGCAUAAUCACAAUAAAGAUACGA